AUGGCUGACGCUGAAGAAGUUGUUGAAGAAUACCGCUCCUCCUUAGCUGAUCUAACCAUAAACAGCAAGCCGUUGAUCAGUAUGUUGACAAUGCUCGCCGAGGAUCACAGCCAAUAUGCACAACACAUCGUUCAACUGAUCGAGCAACAUUUACAAAAGGUGAAGCCUUCACAGAAGCUCCCACCUAUUCAGCAAAAAUACAUAGUCUCUAUAUUCUGUGAUACCUUUCAAAAGGUGGAUGAAAGAACACGAGGAGCAAUGUACAAACUUAGACAGACUUGGCAGAUGUAUUUUCCAAACCCGAAGCUUUAUGCACUUGAUAUGCGUGUGAACAUGAUGGACCCAGCUUGGCCAAUCAUCGCAGAACCUCCUGAACAGGGAAACAUUCACGUCAAUCCACGGUUUUUAGUACAGAAAGAGGAGGAUGAAGGAACUCUGGCUGAGCAACCAGAAACUUUGAUGAGGAAACAGUUGAUAGCAAAACAGCAGGAGUUACUUGGCAUUCUACAACAUCGUAUGGACCUUGAAGUAGCAGAACCCCUUCCUAAGGUGGAUGCUGCUGUUUCCCACAAACAAGCUGACAAUUUCAGCAAGCAUCAGGAUGAUGAUGUAUCUGUGAUAAGCGAUUCUACUGUCCAUUCCAUGAAAGCCUCUGCCAUCCGAUCUUUACCCUCCAUGGUUUCAAAUAAGAGUAAAGACAAGCCAAAUGAUAGAAACAUUUCUCGAAUGAGAGACCGACGCAGAGGUAGUGAUGACAGUGACAAGGGCCGUCGACGAGAUGACAGUGACAGCUCAAGGGAUCGAAAUCGGUAUGGUAGAGAUUCAAGAAGCGGCAGUAGUAGGAGAGAUGAUGAUCGUCGUAGCAGGCAUCGAGAUGAUGACUACAGGGACCGAAACACAGACCGAUUUGGCCGAGAGCGAAGAAGCAAAGAAAGGUUUAACAGACGCAAGGAUCGUUAUGAUGAUGACGAGUAUGAUCGCUAUCAAAGAAGGCGUCGUGAUAGAUCACCUGUGCGAAAUCGAUCACCAGAAAGUAUCAAUUCUCGUGGCUGGCAGCAAGAUAAUGACAGAAAAUCUUAUAAGGAUUCUAAAGGUGAUACAUGGAAAAGUUCCUAUGAUAAUUCUGAUAACCAAUCUUCCAGUGACUCUAAUCAGAAUAAGAUGGGUAACUUGGGACGUAGUCCUAAUUCUUCCAUCAAAAAUUUGCAUGUCAACCACCAGCAUGGUGGUGCUAGCCCCAAAGAUCAUCCAGAUGAUAAAACAAGUAUUGGCAAAGGCCUUAAAAGAGAUAGGGACUAUCGUGAAAAUUCCAAAUUGCCAUCACCUCAAAGAGAACGUGAUGCCAGUACCUCACCUAAAAGAAUGUGUACAGAUCAAGGAAUGGAAUCGCAGCUUGACAGACAUCUUAACACCAAAGAAGACUUAAGUGAUUUGUUUGGCAAGGUUGACCAAGAUUAUAGAGUGCCUCCCAGUAAUAUGACUGACCAAAGAAUUCCUUAUAUGAGAAGUGGUAGUCAUUCAGGAUGGGCAAAAUUCAAAGCUGACCAUCCUGAUGACUUUAUUUCAGAUGAAGGUCCAGGAUCUGCCAUGGAUAUUGAUGAAAGAUACAAAGAUGUUGACAUGCGUUGGAAUGCCAACAACAGGCCUGGUUGUGUUGGUAGUCCAAUGAAAUCAUUUUCUCCCCGUGUGGUUGAUGGAUCUGCAAGAGACAAGCAGGCUAACUUUAUCCGUGAAGCUGCUAAACUAGCUCAAUCUGGGGAAUUGUCAGUUAUGAUCAAUGAGCCUAAUCGACCACAAUUUGGUUUCAAUGGUGCCAACAUGUUCCCUCCAGCUGGCGCAAUGAUAAAUGACUUCAACCGACCACGUGGUCCUGAGAACUUCCAGCCGCGCCCUCCUCACUGGGAUCUACCAUUUGUUAGACGUCCAAAUCAUCCAGAACCCAUCCCCAUGAUCAGGCCAUCACCUUUUCCACCUGAUAGACAAUUAGAGAACAUGAGAUUCCCUGGACAUCAUGCCUUGCCUCCUGGUGUCAUUGGUGCAGCUCCUGUGCAACCCCUCCCUGCUCCUGGUUUAGUCAACCAUGCCCAAGCUCCCUUUUAUCCUGCUCUCCCUCCAAAUAUAAAUGCAGUCACUCUUCCUCCUAUGACUGCUUUACCUCCUGGUUUGGCACCUGUAAGUGCAGAGGCUACUUCAAAUGCAGCAGCUCCUAUUGUUCCACCACAGUUCCCACAGAUAACACUUACAUCUGCCGGAAUAGCUAGUGUGUCAUGUCCUGGCAUGCCAUCAAUACCCACAGCUCCAACAGCACUUGCUACAGCUGCUAAUGUUGUUCCUAGCAGUGCAUCUCUUUCUGCACCUAAUCUUGCUGCAGUGGCAGCAGCAGCUGCUGCUGCUGCUGGCCAGAGCUUACUGCCUACUAGUGUCCUUAAUAAACUAGUGCGCCCUGCUCCACCCAUGCUUCCUCUUAGUCAGCCACAGCCACCAGCAGCUCCUGCUCCUCCUGUUGAUGUAUCAUGUUUGUUCCAAAAGUUAGUGGAUGCUGGUAUUAUCCCCACUGUUACUGCUGACAAAGACAAAGACAAACCUGAAACGGAAAAGGAACCAGAACCAGAGGUUAUUCCUGAGCUCUCUGAUUUUAAAAUAGAAAAAUUGAAGAUACGCUAUUCACAGUUCAUUGAAGAAUUAUAUGAUGGUAUUCAGUGUUCUUCUUGUGGUAUCCGUUUCACGGUAGACGAUACGGAGAAGUACAGGGAACAUCUGGACUGGCAUUUCCGUCAAAAUAAGCGAGAGAAAGAUGAUUAUAAAGUUGCCAAAUACAGAAAGUGGUACUAUGAGAUGUCGGAGUGGAUACAAUAUGAAGAAAUUCAAGAUGAUGAGGAAAAAAAUCGCAGCAACUUUUUUGAAAAUAUGUUAAAUCCUGUGCAAGAGCCAGCAUUCAUUGGUCCUCAGGGGAAUAAAGUUAUCCAAUGUCCAGCAGCUACAGGAAAUGAUACUGAUGAUGUAUGUGAAAUUUGUGGAGAUCCCUUUGAGCAAUUCUGGGAAGAGGAAGAAGAAGAAUGGCACUUAAAAAAUGCUGUUAGGGUAGAAGGAAAAACUUACCAUCCAGUUUGCUAUGAAGAUGUCAAAGAGUCUGUGGAUGCAUCAUCAGUAGAUACACCAAGAGAAAUCACUGAAAAUAAUCCUUUGGAAGAUGCUUUAAAAACUACCGAAGUAGUGCCUGCAACUAACACCACAAGUCUUGCAUCCAACCUAACUAAUGUUAGUACUACAACUACUGCCAGUAGCACCACCACUUCACCCUCAACUCUUGCUACAUCAGCUCCAACUACUACUAUUGCCAAAAGUAAUGGUAUUCCAGUCACCUCUGAAGCCUCCACUGCCAUUGCUGCUGCAUCUUCUACUACAAUUGCAAGCACCACCAACAGUGGGACUGUCCUUUCUAGUGCAAUCAAACCUGCCCUUGCAACUACUCUUCCUUCCAGCACUUUGUCCACUAUUUUAGCUGCUGUGACCAGUAGUGAGAAGUCCAACAAUGCCCUAACUGCUUUGUUGGCUGAUGGUUCCUCUCAGCUAUCUCCAUCCUCAACAAAUGCUGAUAACAAUUUGCAAGGCAAUAACUCUACUAUACUCCCAGUGAGCAGUAGUACUGCUGAGGAAUUUAACAUUAUAGCUCAGCCAAUCACAACAAUUGUCUCUACAUCAGGGUUAAAAACUCAAGGCCUGUAA